AACACUAUGUGGUAAAUAUUAUCUCCAUUUUACAGGUGAAAAAACUGAGGCACUGAAAAAUUAAGUUUUGAGAUUUCCCAGGUAGGAAGUGGUAGAGCUAGGAUUUGAAUGAGGCAAUUUAUUGCUAGUUAACCACAAUGCCUGAAGCAUAAUUCUGACCUUGGCAAUCAAGACAAAAGGGGAUCACCCAGGUUUCACUGGAUGAAGUAUGAGUUGUCUGGUGAAGGCAAUUUUUUUGGCCCUAAAUUCAGGGAGAAGUCUGUUGGUCAUGUGGGGGAUGGGAGUUCUUUAUUCUGUGAUGCAGUGAUGACAUCAGGGUAAACUGCCACUAGCCUGAGGAAAAUGGAAUGGCUGCUGGAGGGCAUACUUGGGGCUAUGGGGGAUAAGGGGUUUCUCUGGGGCCAGCUGACUCAUGCCCUGGCCUGCAGAUACUGUGGCAGCAGCUGCCUCCAGAGUACAGGAAAUCUAGUGACAUUAUUCCUGUUCAUGGUUUGGCAGAUCCGGAGAUGGUGGCAGCUUGGGAGCUGGCGACAGCUCCUGCCCUGGUACUCUUGGGACAUGAUGCAAGGCAAGGGCUUACCACUUUUGUACCGUGUGGCUUUCCUUGAUCGUCUGUGGAAGCAGAAGUCAGAGGGGGAAGAAAAAGAGGAGGAAGAGGAGGAAAAGGAGGAAGAAGAGGAGACAUAUCUGGAUCCAUGUUCUCUUCCCAAAGAAGCUCCUAUUAGAGAACAAGCCACCAUAGCCCCAUCCCAGCCAUUCUGCAGCUCUAAGAGCCUCCACAAGGCCGUAGGGACACCAGAGCUAGUACUCAUGCAGACCCCAAGCCCUUCCAGAUCCUUCCCCACCUUUCAGAUCCUGACCAACCUGCCUGUGAAGCACAAGACAGCAUCAGGGAGCCAUGUACAUGAGAGAAAAGGCCAGCUCUUCUGGGGUCUCCCUUCUCUGCACAGUGAGUCGUUGGAGGCCAUCAUCCUGAGCUCAGGUGGAGCCUCUCCCCUGAAGUUGCCCGUUGUACCUUCUAUUUGCUUCAACAAGCUUGCCUUCCUGUAUAGGUCCAACCUGCUGCUUCCCCAGUAUUGCUCCCCAACCCAGCUUCCUACCCAUGAAGUCCAUACUAUGGAAGAUCUGCAAGAGAUAGCCCCCGAUCCUCAGCAACUUCCCCCUCGCUCAUCCCCUUCUGUCCCAUCACUACUCCUCCAUCUUGUGUCCUUUCCCAUGGACCACAAGAGAGUCCUAUGUGGCGCUGAGGCACAUAUACAGUGGCUUACACAGCAGAAAGAGGUCCCUUGGGUCUCUGCGGAUCAAGCCCUGCACCCAGAUCCUAAGCUCCAAAGACCCUUCUCUAAGGUCUGGUGGGGGGAGCCACGGGAUCCCGACCUCCAACAACAUAUUCCAGGUUCACUCUCCGCCUCUCUGCUGCAUCCCUCUAGCCUUUUGGGAGUCCUGACUAGGUCUGAGGCCCCAUGGAGGACCAUGGGGCAAAAUGAGGACCCCAAAGCCCUUGAGCCAGCAACGCCAGUUCCCAGCCCGACCCUGGCCUCUUUGCCAUUACUCCAGGGAAUCAGUUGUAUAGGAGGCCUUUCUGGAUCUAAGGACCUCUGGGAAACCACAAGGCAAAGAGAGAAUCGUCAGAUCUCUGGGCCUCCAAUCCUGGUCCCUUGCCAAUCUGUAGCCCCCAUGACAGAGCCUCAAAAAACUAGCCCCCUGGGAGUCCCACCUGGAUGUGAGACUCAGUGGAAAACCAUAGGACAUAAAGAGAGUCCUCAAGCCUCGGAGCCCCCAAUGCCGGCCCCUUGCCAACUCCCAGAUUCUCUGUCAGAACCCCAGAAAGUCAGCCCUGAGGGAAGACCUUCUGUACCCAAGCACUUCUGGGGAACCAUGGGACACGGAGAGAACCCUCAGACCUCUGGAUCUCCAAUACCAGUCCCCUGCACUCCCCCAGACUCCCUGCCAGAACUGUGGGGAGGCAGAGAAAAUUCAGGAAACCCUGCGGCCUUUGAGCCCCCAGCCUUGGACCUCAACCAGGGGCUCUAUGGAACCAGCUCUGCAUGUGUCCCAUCAAGAUCUGUGACUCUAUGGAAGAGCAUGCAGAGUAGAGAUAAUCUUUGGGUCUCUGCAGACCCAGUUUCAUCUUCCAGCCUUUCCUCAGCCUCUCUGCUGGAAUCCCUACAAAUGGGCCCCCAGGGAGUCCUGUCUGAGUCCAAGGCUUUGUGGGAGGAGAGCAUGGGGCAGAAAGAGAAUCUCUGGACCUCUAAGUCUCCAGCCCCUGCCCAUAGCCGAUCUCUACCUCCCAUUCUAGAUCCCCAUAGAAUCAAUCCUGUGGGAGAGCUCACUAAAUCAGAAGCUGCAUGGAAGGACAUUGAACAUUCCAGGAAUUCCUGGGCUUCCAAGCCCCCAUCUCUGGCCCUCAGCCCACACCUAGGUAUCAUAUUGGAACCCCUGAGAGUUAGCCCCGUGGGGAUUCUGUCUGAUUCUGAGGCUAGCUGUGGGGACAUACAAAGGACAAAGAACUCCUGGGCAUUUGAGUUCCCAGCACACAGCUUACCCCAAGACCCACAUGAAACUAGCCCCUUGGGAGUCCUGUCUGACUCUGAGCCUGUUGCAGGGGACAUGGAACAGAAAGAAAUCUGUUGUGUUCCUGUAUCCCCUUUCUGUGGCCCCAGCCCAUCCUCGAACUCUAUGUCAAAGUCUCACGUAAGUGAGCCUAUUGGAGACGAAAGCAACUGUCAGCCUGAAGGGGAAACAGUGGAGCAGAGAGAGAACUACUGGGCCACUGAGCUCCCAGCCCCAACUUUCAGCUCUCUCUCUGCUCCUUUACCAGAGCCACACCUUGAUCUUGAGUUUGUGUGGAGGCAUGUGCCACAAAGAGAGGUCCCCCAGGGCUCCAGCCCUCCAUCAGUGGAUCCCCUGCAGCCAAUAUCCUGGCCUCCCUUGCUAGCUGAAGCUCUGAAGAUUGAGCCCAGUCAGCCUGGCCUACCCAAAGGAGAGCUGUUCCCAGGAGCUAAGGCAGAGACUCCACCCUCCCAGAGAGAGGCUGUCCCAGAGGUGCCCACCCACUCUGAGAUCCAUGCCUGGAAUUGGAGUAGAGAAUUAGAGCUCAGGCUGAAGAAACUGCAGCUGAGUCCUACUUCCAGAUCCCUUUGCCCAAGUCAAUCAUUUGGCAGCUCCCCUGCCCUGAGCAACACAUCUCCAGGCACCUGGAGACACUCUUCCUGCUCCCCACAGCAGACCCAUCCCCCCAAACUGUGCCCCCACUCUUCAAGCUGUCAUCCUCCAAAAGUUGAGAGCACGUUAACUCAGCCUGUCCAGAUCUCCCACUGUUGUCACUCCUCUGCCCAUUCUCAGCCACAAGGGUCUGGCAGGGCAAAACAAGGAUCUCACAGAGGGGAAAGAACGAAGGCAAAGAUGGUGGCCCAGGUCUCACCCCAGGGACCAUAUGUUCACAUGGAGGCUGAUAAGAACUGCCCAGGCCUGGGAGAGCUCUCAAAUUCUGAGGUUCCAGUCUCAGGUAACAGACAGGACAAGGCUUCAGCCCUAUCUUCACUCAAGAGACAGAGCCUCAGGAAACCCAAAGCAGGAGACCACAGCGGAGGGGAUGCAAGAUUGAGGUCACCCACAGUUACAGGAAAGAGCCACCCAGUCCAGGCUGGAAAACUAGUGGGGGCCCCUGCAAGACUUUCCCAAAGAUCUCAGCACAGGAACCAGAGCUGUCUACACACUGCUCUCCCCCAGCAGCUUCACUCUAAGGAUGGAGGUCCCCAAGAUAAACAAGGAGAGCUUGGAGCUGGUGACAUCCUGACCCCUCAGCAGUGUCAGCACUGCCCUUGGGCCCACUUGGAGAAGCAUCUCUCUUCCCCCACAUCUCAGGCUCCCCUUAGCAAGGGUCUCCAAAGGAUGUUAACUAAGUUUCUGGGUAUCCAAGGACCCCUGCCCACCAUAUCCAGUCAGCAGAGGAAAGGCUGGUAGUACUGGCACCCAGUACCCCAAGACCUGAAGCCAAACCAGUUGGGGCUGGGGAAACAAGCAGAGGAACUCCUAAUAAACUAGCUGAAUUAGACAAAUCCCACUGUCUUCUUUAGAGUCUGGGAAACUGGGAAUGUCAGUUCCCUAUUAACUUCAGCAGCAGCUAUAUCCCCUCAGGAUCAGGUCUCUAAAGUAGAGCUCAGGAUUCUGUAGGCUUAACUUUCAUUUCAAGCUUUUCACCGAUGAUCAAUCUGGACUCCACACAUCCCUACUCUACACAGUAAGGCUGAAAGGCCAGGGGAGCAGUCCAGUGCUGCCAUUGAGAAAAACUUCACAGCACAAGUGAACAGAAGAAAAAUACAUCCAUUCACAUGAGCACAACCGGUCUUGGUCUAGGCAGCUGUUUUUCGUCCUGGGUAUGGUCCCCUUCUUCACCCACUUGACCCACAAGUUCCCCAUUUAUCUUAGCCCUCUGCUCUUCUCUCUCCCUGGGUCAGCUCAACCAUCCCCAAGGUCACAAAGUUAAGUGCCUUCCCAUGUUUAGUGGUCAUCUGGAUUUCUUCUUUUAUAAUUGCCUCUUCAUAUCCUUUACCCAUUUUUCUACUGCACUGUUUGUUGGAUCUUAUGUUUUCUCCUACUGACAUAACAAGUUACCACUGGACAACACAAAUUUACUUUGUCAGAAAAAUAAAAUCAAGAGGUUGACAGGGUUGCACUCUUUUCUGUAGGCACUGGGCAGGAUUCAUUCCUAGUUUUUCCUGGAUUUUAGAGGCUGCCUACAUUCCUUGGCUACUGGCCCUGUUUCUCCAUCUUGAAAGCCAGCAAAGGCAAGUUCUCACAUCACAUCACUCUGCUCUUUUGCUUCCCUCUUCCACUUUUAAUAAGACACUUGUAAUUACAUUGGCCCAUCUGAAUAAUCCAAGAUUACCCUUCCAAUCUUAAAGUCAGUCGGUUAGCAACCUUAAUUUCAUUUACCAUCUUAAUUCCCUUUUCCACGUAAAUUAUAUUCACAGGUUUCGGGGGUUAGGAUGUAGACAUCUUGGCCGGGGGUCACUGUCCUGCCUAUCAGAUAUUAACUCAACCCAUUAUGUAUGUCAGAUAUUUUCUCCCAGCCAGUAGCUUACUUUCUAAUUUUAAGGUGAUUUUUGUUUUGUUUUGUUUUUUUGUGUGUGUGGAGGGCAGUGUCACUGGCC